UGUUUAUGUUGGUGGCACUGCAAUCGCAAUUAAUUCCCUUUAAAUUACAUCUAUUAGUGAUAGUAUAGGUACGCGAUUGCGUGUUAGAUUUCCGAAAUGUCGAUUCCUUUUAAUGGAACUCGUACGCGAUCGUUAGGAUUAAUGAGUGCGAUUAUAAAACAACUAAACAUCGUAACCUUAAAACCAGUAAAAUCAAUCAACAUACAAUUUGAUCCCUUUCAUGAAAAAUCUUUGGAAAUAAGAGAUUUUUUCUUUCACAUUACUCGUAAGAAGACGGUUGCAACUAAUCCACGUUGUAAUAUAAAACCACAAAUUGUUUCGGAUUUGUCUGAUCCCGUAAUCACAUUUAAAUUAUUAUCUGGUGAUAACGUGGUAUUCAAAGCUGCAAAUUUGUCAACUUUAAAUCUUUUACAACUUUGCAACAAAUAUAUUACACCGUUAGCUCCAGUUGAAUCAACCACUGAAGAUAAAAUUGGCAAAGCAAUUGUGGAAGCACCAAAACGAAAGAAAAAAUAUCCAUUUAAAAUACCACCAGGAAACAAACGUAGAGGAUUAGUUUUAUAAGUAAUAGUUUAAUAGCUUAUACAUAUAUUAAUAACUUUUGAAAUAUUAAAAAAAAUAAUGAAUAUAAGUACAGGUAUGAACUAAAAAAUAAAAUAUCAUUAGAAAAAUUUAUAUUUAAAUCAACUUAUCAUUUAUGUAAAACAUCAACCUAAUUUUCUUCUUUCCCAUUAUUUGUAAAUUCAUAGAAAAUUAAACCUACAUUGUCAAUUGAUUAGUGGAAACUAGCAAUCUUAUGUUAAUUGAAAAUUGAACUUUAAUUGUUUUCUGCAUCUAAAUAUAGAGUAAAAAGUAACCUGAUAAAUAUAUAUUUGGUCCGAUUUUAUUAGUAUAAAAAUUAUAUGCAUUUACGUGUGCUAAAGUUUGGCAAGAACUGAUUUGUCUUUCUUAUAAUUUUCACUUAGAAUAUCUUUUUAAGUUCUUUACUAC